AUGUUGAGAAUCUCUAGCAAGACAUUUGUCAAAGGAGCAACCGCACUUGCCCGCCCAACAUUUACCGCCAGUAAGGCUUCCACAUUAUGGAGAAGAAACUUGAAUGUUGAGAAGGAUGAACCUGUUGUCAUUUAUAACGGACCCCUGGCCAAUGUCGCCAAAAAGCUGAAGCUCUUUUCAAUCACUUCGCUUGGCCUUGGUACAGGUAUUUCUCCUUUUGUUUUUGCCAUUGAUGUGCCCGUCCCUUUUGUUGCCAAAGCAGCUCUUGUUGGAGCAGCUGUUAUUACCAGUUCCGCUUCUACUGGAUUGAUUCAGUGGGUCAUGUCCCCUUAUGUGACAAAGAUCACAAUGCCCAGCAGCACUAAAGAGAGUGAAUUACCCAAGGAAUUGACGAUCCAUACACUUUCAUUCACUGCCAGAGAUCAUGUCACAACAGUUCCUUUGGAUGCACUUGGACCUGCCAGCCGUAUCUUUACCAGCUGGAUGAUCACCGAGCCUGAGCUUGCUACGGGUCGUAUCGGCGCUAAGCCCGCCAAACCCAAGACUUUGUUAUAUAUCCAUCCUGAAUUAUGUGAAGAGGAAGGAAUCAUGAAGAACAUUGUUGAACACACUGGUCUUGGAAGAGGAUUUUAA